ACAAACUCAAAUUUCUGUCUUCCCGCCACUGAGAAGAUCUCUGACUGCAAAACAUUUAACAUUAAAGAAGAAAUCCGCCUGAAGUUAAAGAAAAGGACAAAAUGUCAGAUAUUUCACAGAAAGACUGGAAAUCAGCUCUGACCUCCAUCCUGGAGGAGUUGGAUAAGCCACAGUACCUUAAGAUGCUGGAAUAUUUGACAAAAAUCCCCAAAAGUAAGAAGACGUCUGGACGCAGAGAGAAAAUGGCCCAAAAGAUCAUUGAGUACUACGGAGUCAGAGAAUCAAUCUCUGAGAUCAAUAAAAUAAUGAAUGAGAUACCGAGGAGGGACGCUGAUGUCCAGGACCUACUGCGCCCCUUUGUGGACGAACUGAGGAACAGCUGUGACAAAGAGAACAAGGGGAUAAAGAGGAAGCGUGAUCCAGCGGAGGAUGAAAGCUCUGCAGCAGGGGAGAAGAAGAAGAAAAGUGAUCCAGCAGAGGAGGAUAAAAGUCCUGUAGCAG